CACCACUACAGGUGAAUCUGUCAUGUUGUUUUGUCUGCCCUUUUUCUCCUGAUUUCACUCGUUCCCUCCUUUCCCCUCCUCUCUCUGCAGUCUCGGGUUCCCGUCCUCUCUCUGCAGUCUCGGGUUCCCCUCCUCUCUCUGCAGUCUCGGGUUCCCCUCCUCCGUCAGAUGGCGUUCUGCCUGGCCGAGCUUCACUGUUGGUCCUCCAGCAGCUCACUACAAGUCAGAGAUACAGAUAUUGGCACCUAUCAGUACUAUGACAAAGGAGAGCCAGCCGUCCCAUCAGAGCACCACUACUACACUGACAAACAGGAUUUCUCUGAAUCUCGCGGCUACUCGUGGACCCCCACGAACCGUCGUCCGGAGAAGCUCCGUGAUUCGCUCGAGAAGCUUGAGGAGCUGUUACAGACAAACUCAGUUGUUCACUCCAGAUGGAAGAGCAAGCAUUGCUGCCAGCUCAUGCUGAGCAGUGGGAUACUGGUGACCCUGGCCCUAAAUGGACCCCAGCUGGACCGUGUGUGUGUGGACCGGACACUUGUGGGUCGUCUGCCCGCCAACACUGUCAGUGAUGCGGUGCUCAGUGAUAGGCUGCUGCUGCUGUCGUUCCUGGAGAAGAGCCAGGUGUGUGUAGUCUAUCUGAACAGGAAGAACCAGGGAUCCCCUGACACCAGCCACCGACUGGAGAAACUCUCCCCAUCAGAACUCAAGGUGGUGUGUGUGGAGGUGUGUGGCCCCGCAGGGCUCAGGCAGGGCAGGCGUGUGGAUCUGAACUGUCUCCAGGACCUGGCAGUGUGUUGGUGCUCCCUGACUAACACUAAUGAUGAACUGUGGCCCUGGAACCCGGGCCACACACACACUGACCGGGACAACCUAGUGUUACUGAGCUGCUCCAGUACUGAGGGCCUCAAGGUGCUCAGCUCCAUGUGUACUGAGGGUGACCUGUUGGAUCUCUGCUUCAGUCUCCUGCAGCCGUACCAGCUUCUGUCCGUGGAGCUGCCUGAAGGACCCCAAGGAUCCCACACCACCGGGACGUCCUGGGCAGAUGCCUGUGUGUACGACUGCGCCCGCGGCCGCCUCCAACGUCUCUCGGACCGUAUCCCCCUCUCCUCGCGCCCCGUCUCCUGCUGCCGACACCCCUCCUCAACCACCCUGCUACUGGGCCUCAGCGACUCCUCUCUGGUCCUCUACGAUGAGAGGAGAGGGGUGUCGCUGCUCGCCCCCUGCCCCAUCCCGCCCGUCCUGGUGGCCUGGCACCCUGCAGGGGGGGUGGUGGUGGUGGGGGGAGGCCAGGGGGAACUGAUGGCUCUGGAUCUUGGCUUGGCUCCUCUAGGGUUGACCCUAGUGGGAGAGGACCCAUCCCCAGCCACCACCACUCUGAGGCUUGGCCAGCAUCUGCGCUGUCCUGGGGGGCUGGAGGGGCUGUGGUGGGCUGGGGGGACGGGGCUGGAGGGAGCUGAUACAUUGAUGCUGGCCUUCCAUGGAGGACCACUGGCCGCACUGAGGUUCAGACUGGGUGCUCUGUCAGGGGGUCAGCUGGGUCCAGGAGAGCUGCUGCAACAGAGGUUACGCUGUGGCCAGGUGGACCAGGCUCUAGGAAUUCUGGGAGCCAUGGAGUGGAGCACUAUGGGAACGGAGUGUUACCGGGCACUGACCUCUGUCACAGACUACCUGCUGAGGCUAGAGCUGGACCAGACCAGAGAGGUCCAGUUGGAGGCAGCUCUGGGUGUGUUCUACGCUCCGCCCCGCCCCCUCUCUGACUCGGUGGUUCUAGAAUACAGAGGGCCAAUCAGCAAGUACGCCCGACGCUUCUUCCACCACCUACUCAGACACCAGCGCUUUGAGAAGGCCUUCCUGCUGGCGGUUGACAUUGGAGCUGGAGACCUGUUUAUGGAUCUCCAUUAUGUGGCGUGUGAUAAGGGAGAGGUGGUUCUGGCAGAAGUGGCCCGGAGGAAGGCUAAUGAAAUCCAUGCUGAAGAAGGAGUCACGACCACGUUGGGAAACCACGCAGAGCAGGACCGACCAACAGGAGCUGGCCACUGGAGGAGAGAAACACCGGGACCCUGAGCAGGCAUGACCAUGGAGACAAACAGGUGAACAAAGACGCAGGGAAGCUGAAAGUGGUUCAUUUUGGUCUUGUUUGAAAACAGCCUUUGACCAUUUCUUUUUGACUGUAAACUCCAUCUUUUUUAAUACAUUUUUUAAAAUCUAAUGUAAUUCUGUAAAUAUAUCUGAUAACUGAUCUAGCUCUAUUCUGAAAUGUUGAUGCAUGAUUAACCUAAGAAUUAUGAAUUUAAGUCUAAGUCAAAUGUGAAUAAUUAUGCUAAUGUCUUGCUAGUAGGUUUUAUUUGAACAGAAUGUUGUAUAUGCUAUAUAGGCCUAGCCCUGUCCAGCCCCAUCUCAGUUCUCUCACAACCAGCCCUCCUGCUGAAAAAUGGUGUUUUAAAUGUUCUGCCCGUUUAAUUGAAUUGUUCUUUAAUCCCAGCCUCGUUUAAAACAGUGCAGUAAUUAAGCUUUUUGUUUUUCAUGAUUGACCCUGGUCACCUUUUACAGUAUCCUAACACAGAGCUGUAAACUAGCCUAUUGUAUUGCUGUAUUAAAGAGGUGUUGUAUCUUG